CCUGAACCUGAGUAACAGCGACAUCUUGACCAUCUAUGACGGUGGCGAGGCCAUGCCCCACAUCUUGGGCCAGUACCUUGGGAACAGCGGCCCGCAAAAGCUGUACUCGUCCACACCAGACCUGACCAUCCAGUUCCACUCGGACCCUGCCGGCCUCAUCUUUGGAAAGGGUCAGGGGUUUAUCAUGAACUACAUAGAGGUGUCCAGAAAUGACUCAUGCUCAGACCUGCCUGAGAUCCAGAACGGCUGGAAGACCACAUCCCACACGGAGCUGGUGCGGGGAGCCAGGAUCACCUACCAGUGCGACCCCGGCUACGACAUCGUGGGCAGCGACACCCUCGCCUGCCAGUGGGACCUCAGCUGGAGCAGCGACCCCCCGUUCUGCGAGAAGAUCAUGUAUUGCAGUGACCCCGGAGAGGUGGAGCACUCCACCCGCCUGAUUUCGGAUCCCGUGCUGCUGGUGGGCACCACCAUCCAGUACACCUGCAACCCCGGCUUUGUGCUGGAAGGCAGCUCUCUGCUCACCUGCUACAGCCGCGAGACGGGCACCCCCAUCUGGACGUCCCGCCUGCCCCACUGUGUCUCCGAGGAGUCUCUGGCCUGUGACAACCCAGGGUUACCGGAAAACGGCUACCAGAUCCUGUACAAGCGCCUGUACCUGCCGGGGGAGUCGCUCACCUUCAUGUGCUACGAGGGCUUCGAGCUGACGGGCGAGGUGACCAUCCGCUGCAUCCUGGGCCAGCCGUCGCACUGGAACGGGCCGCUGCCCGUGUGCAAAGUCAAUCAAGACAGCUUUGAACAUGCUUUGGAAGUAGCAGAAGCGGCAGCGGAGUCGUCGCUGGAAGGCGGAGACAUGGCCCUGGCUAUCUUCAUCCCGGUUCUCAUCAUCUCUUUACUGCUGGGAGGAGCCUACAUUUACAUCACAAGAUGCCGCUACUACUCCAGCCUGCGCCUGCCGCUGGUGUACUCCCACCCCUAUAGCCAGAUCACCGUGGAGACGGAGUUCGACAACCCCAUUUACGAGACGGGGGAAACCAGAGAGUAUGAGGUGUCCAUCUAAAGACCGCUGCCCUCGCCAAGGGACCUUACAGAGACGAACUCAGCCACAGCCUCCUCGAGACGCGUGUCCAGAGAUGAAGUGCCAUGCGAUGGCAACCCCAGAGCGUCUGCUCUCUUUGCUCUGGACUUUCGAUUGAAGAACUUGCUGUUUUCUUCACUGUAUUUAUUAUAUUUAAAAAUUGAAAUAGGUGUGGUUCGAUGUGUUCAGGCUGGGGCCGGAUUCGUCCGACAGCCUCAGUUCUGAAGGCAGGUGGAAGACUUGCAAAUGGCAAACAGCAACGGCUACAAAAAUAAACAACCCCAGAUGGAGUUUCUACCAUCGGCAAUGCCAUGCUAAGGGUGCAGCAGCAUCCGACUGCAUGAACUUGGGAACCCAUGCCCGUGGUGUGUUUCUUACAAGUCCCGGGAUCAGGUUGGAAAGGUAUUGUGUGUUGGAUGAACUUGGGUUGGAAUUUGACCGGAGUACUUAAGCCCACUCUUGGAGAUCUGCUCCAAAACAAAUCCCGUGUCCUCUCUUCCAAGGUUAUGAGCUUCUCAAGGGUCUCACGCUUCCCACACCACCACCUGCCAUGGUCCCACGUUCCAUAAAUACGCCCUCUUGGCACCCCGGCCUCACUGGACGCUGGCUGGGUGAGAAGACGUCUUCUUUUAAUGCUGAGCAGUCCAAAUGCUCCGAUGAAGAAGUGGCCAUGCAGGGAAAGUGGGGUGAAAAUGUUCUUUUCUUUGCGAUUCCUUCAACCACAAAAGACAGGUCACUGAUGCUACAGGGGGCGGAGUCCACGUGCUUGUUGGCCAAGGUCACCUUUGAGCUGUGAUGACAAAUCCGUGGGCGUGGGAGAUGCAGAAAGCUUUGUCCCUAGGGUCAGAAGGGUUUGGGCUGGGAAGGGGGAAAUGGCAUGUUCUGAACCCCAGGGGUGAGCUGUUUCUCUCCCCAUGUUCUGGCACACCUCCGCCUUCCAGCUAGGGGGAGACCUGUGGGUCUGCUGCCAUCAGAAACAGACGAGCAUGCAAGUAUUCCAGGAAUGGUCUGAGGAGAGGAAGCCCCUCCUCUCCUCUCUGAAGCUGUCUAGAGGUUGCACGGUGGCAUGAAUGCUGACUGUGGGGGGUACAAGAACAGGAACGGGGCGUGUAGAACCUCAGCCACUCCACAACGGGCUGGGCAUCAUCUGACAUGACCAUCAACAAGGAGGGGAGAAAUUUCAGGUGUCAUAGCCACACAUCUGCUCGCAUGGGCUUCCUUAGCGUCCUUUUGCUCAGCCUCGUGGGACUGCUGAGUGUGUGACAGUCGGGGAGGUUCUUUUGUAAAAGUCAGGGGGCAGAGGGUGCACGGAAGGGCCAGUACACGUGGAGGCAGAUUCACCUCCCUGGGACCACGUGGCGACCCCAUGGCUCAGACAGGCUCACCAGCUCAGUGGGUAACUUUGGGGGAUUUUUUUUUUUUGGUGUCCUAUCCCAGGCUGUCUAGAAUUGUUUAAUUCUGCCUCUUAAAGCAAGAAAACACCCUUCUGGCUGCCACUCUAGGUGGGGAAGGGCUGGGCAUCCAUAUUUUGGGAGCUGUUUUGGAAAGAACAAAAGCAAGAUAGGGAAGUUGGCUUCAGGUCCACACACCCCCUCCCCAACACAGGAGCUCAAUCUUGAGGGUCUGAGGCUGGAACAGUUUCCUUCUGUCCACAGAGAAUACUGCAUAGGGGCUCCUGAAGGUGUGCAUUCGUGGUAUGCAGUAAGAGUGAACUAAGGGCUGCACCCCAUUUUAUGAAGGAAUCAGAGCAGUGUUCCAGGUCACAUUUGGAGAAAGACAACACAAAUAAUGCACAUUUUUUUUUCCUAUUAGAUGCUUAUCCUAACCCUAACCCUGGAAUCAUCCAGAAUGACAAAAUUCUAUGAAUGAUAUUUGAUUUGAGAGCACACUAUGGUUAUGUGAAAUGGAACAUUUGCCUUUUGUAAGACUGAAAACACAUCAAAAUCUUUACUCUAAUCCCUCUUUGUAAAACCUGCCAGGUCAUGGCUCAGGAAUUCUUAUUGGCUAUUGGAGUGAUGGAAGAGGUGUGGGGUUUGGUUUUGGUUUUGGUUUUCCAGGAGAUCAGUGUGUCAGUUCUGUUGCAGUAGCACCAGUAACCACAUUUUAGAAGCUCGUUUUCACCUAGAGACGGAUCAUGCAAACUCAACAGUGUACAGUGUGAUUGAAAAGACAGGCCGGUGUCUAUUUUUCUUUUAAAAACUAUCUGAAUGUGUAUUUGUAAUGUGUAAAGGUAAAAAAAAAAAAGACAGUAAUAAUUGUGCCAAAAAUGUGUGAGGCAUCUCAUUACAAUUCUGUCUGUUUUUAUAAGAUCAUUAUUAAAUCCCUUGGGAUUAAAUAUUUUGGAACAGGCUACUCUCUUGAGAAUAUGGAUGGACUGAGCCUUCCCAGAAGCCACUCUUUGUUUUUAAAACAGUGGGGAAACACGUUUACAGAGCUCGCGAAUUCCAGAGAAUGCAUGUGAUGGCAUGUAUUACAUGCUAGUCCAUAUUAGCUGUAUCUGUCAGCUGCCACCCUGUGCUUUAACAAUGCACACACUCAAUUCUCUUCAGCUUAGAGCUCAGCCCUUUGGUUUUCUUGUUGUUAUUGUUUGCUUUUGUUUUUUUUUUUUGAAGAAUUAGCCAACAGAAUUGACCACCACCUGACGGCCAUCUUUACUUGGUUCCAUAAAUGUGCUUUGCGCGGUGAUCUUUUGAAGCCGGAUCCUCAGAGGAGCCUACGAAACCUCAGGCUGAUAGCUUUGAAUGCCAAGCAGCUCAGGAGGAAGCAGAGUGGCUGUCUGCUCAGGAUGGCAGAGCACGAGAAAGGGAUGCAACUGAGGCGUGAGCCUGUGGCAAGACCCACCCUGCCAUGAGAUAAAUCUACAGGCAUGGCCUUCCUAGGUCCUUGGCUAGGCACAGGGGGUCAUCGGAGGUCAGAUAUUGAGUUGGUCAGCACCCCAAAGGUAGGCUUUCUCUUGGGAAAUUUUCGUUUUCUCGCUAAACCGAAGCAAAACAAACUUUCUAAGCUAGAAUAAUGAAAUUGAGUCAUUUUCCACUUUGUAUAUAUUGAUGCUAAUAAAACGAAUGAAAAAGA